AUGUCUUCUGAGCAGCUCGUCCUAUUCGAUCUUCCCAGCCGUGAGCCUAACGGUGCUUGGUCUCUUAACCCAUGGAAGACUCGAUUCCUCUUGAACUUUAAGGGUAUUGACUACAAGACCGAAUGGCUCGAGUACCCUGACAUCAAGGCCACCCUUGAGCCUCACGUUCCCGCCAACCCAUCAACAGGAACAUGGACUAUCCCAACCGUCAAGUUCCCCGACGGAACUUACAUCAUGGACUCAGCCAAGAUCCUCGAGCGAAUUGAGAAGGACUACCCCGAACCGUCUGUCCACGCAGACUCACCCGUUCUUUCAAAGCUGUUCGCCAUCAUGCCCAACAUCAUGGGUGCUCUCCGACCUAUCUACUUCACCCACGUGCCUGGACGUAUCCUGAGCGAGAAGAGCCAGCCUUACUGGUACGAGACACGAACUGAGAUGGCCGGACAGCCUCUUGAUGAGCUUUACCAGAAGGAGGGCGGCCAGUCAGCUUGGGAUAAGGCGAAGCCUCAUGUGCAGGAGGUUGAGGCUCUUCUUAAGGAGAACUCUGAUGGUCCUUUCUUCCUAGGAAAGACUCCCAGUUAUGCUGAUUUCGUUUGGGGCGGUUUCCUCAUCUUUAUGCAGCGUAACCAGGUCAUUGACGAGGUGUACAAGAUCAGCGGCGACGCUCAGCUUCACAAGGACCUCCUUGAGGCUACUGCCCCUUGGCACAAGAGAAACGACCACUAG